CACGCCUUACCAGCGAAGCGUGUAGAUAGUUUUACUGUGUGUUGCAGAAAGGUUUUGCAGUUGUGCGAGGUUAGGACCGCAAUAGCUGAGAUCCAGAGAACCUGCCUGUGGUGCGGCGGCGGUCAUGAGUGAAGAAGCGGACCCAGCAGCGGCAGCAGCGGCAGUGGGGCAGAUUCUUGGCAAUCCUGAGGCGGUUUCUGCACUCUCUCAGAAGAUUGCACAGUGUAUCAAUGCCAGCCAGCUGGCUCCGUUGCCUCCUGACGUCCGGAGAAGAGUGCACGCUCUUAAAAACCUUCAGGUUGACUUCCUAAAGGUGGAGAGUGAGUUCUACAAAGAAGUUCAGCUGCUGGAGGUCAAGUACAUGAAGCAAUACAAGCCGAUUAUGGACAAGAGGAAGAAGAUAGUAACAGGAGAGUAUGAGCCAACUGACGAGGAAUGUCAGUGGAGUGACGACGCAGAGGACGGCGACGAUGAGAAGGCAAAAGAAGAAGGUUCGUCGUCCCCGGCAACUGGUGUCCCUGAAUUCUGGCUGGUAGCUAUGAAGAAUGCCGACAUUUUCUCAGAUUGGAUCAAAGAGCAUGAUGAACCAGCCCUACAGCGCCUGACAGAGAUCACUGUGGUGUACCCAAGUUCCACUGGAAUGGACUUUAUUCUUGAGUUCCACUUCUCCGAGAAUGAGUGGUUCACAAACCGAGUCCUGACCAAGACCUACAAGAUGGCCUGCGAGGUAGAGGAAGAAGAGCCUUUCAGUUUCGAAGGAGCCUCCAUCACUUCCUGCAAAGGGUGCUCCAUUGACUGGAAGAAAGGCAAGAACCUGACCGUUAAGACUGUGAAGAAGAAGCAGAAACACAAAGGUGCUGGGCAAGCAAGAACAGUGACAAAGACUGUCCCAAACGAGUCCUUCUUCUCUUUCUUCUCUCCUCCAAAAUUGGAGGAGGAGAGAGAGGAUGAGGAAGAAGUUUCGCAGCUGCUGUCUGACGACUAUGCCAGGGCGGAGUUCAUCAGAGACAGACUGGUGCCAAAGGCUGUGCUGUUCUUCACUGGAGAGAUCAUGGAGGACGAAGAUGACUUUGACAUGGAGGAGGGGCUGGAGGAGGAAGACGAUGAAGAGGACGAGGCUGGAGAUGAUAUAAAGGACCAGAACGUCGACACUCUCCAGACGGCAGGAGUCAUGCAGCUGCUGCGACCUCUGCUUCUUGACGUAGUCCCCACAAUCCAGCAGACCGCAGCUCUGGCUCUGGGGAGACUUGCAAACCACAAUGGAGACUUGGCCGAGGCCAUCGUCACGGGAGACAUCCUUCCACAGCUAGUCAACUCCCUCGCCGAACAGAACAGAUUCUACAAGAAGGCAGCAGCAUUUGUGCUGAGAGCAGUUGCAAGGCAUUCACCAGAGUUGGCACAAGCCGUAGUGGAUAGUGGUGCUCUAGAUGCUCUUGCGGUGUGUCUGGAGGAGUUCGAUCCAGGAGUGAAGGAGGCAGCAGCCUGGGCUGUGGGAUACAUCGCCAGACACAAUGCUGAGCUGUCGCAGGCAGUGGUAGACAGUGGGUGUGUCCCUCUGCUGGUUCUGGCAGUGCAGGAGCCAGAGAUGGACUUGAAGAGAAUUUCAGCCUCUGCUCUUUCUGACAUCAGCAAACACUCUCCAGAGCUGGCGCAGACUGUGGUGGACACUGGGGCCAUUGCUCACCUAACAAAACACAUCUCCAGCUCUGACCACAAGCUGAAGAGACAGGUCUUGAGUGCCUUGAGUCAGAUAUCUAAGCACUCUCUGGAGCUGGCAGAAAUGGUAGUCGAGGCAGACAUAUUCCCUGCUGUGCUGGUUGAACUUAAAGACUCUGAUGACUAUGUGAGGAAGAACGCAGCUACCCUCACACGAGAGGUGGUCCGCCAUACUCCAGAGCUGGCCCAGUUGGUGGUAAACUCAGGAGGUCUGUCAGCAGUGGUAGAGUAUAUCGGAGACAGCAGCGGCAGUGCCACUCUCCCAGCCAUCAUGACACUUGGAUAUGUGGGAGCUCACUCUGAGGCUCUAGGAAUGGCUGUCAUUGCCUCAAAGGGAGUUGUGCAGCUGGCUAUUUCACUGGAGGAGGAGACUGAAGACCAUGUUCUGGCCGCUGCAUGCUGGGCUCUGGGUCAGAUCGGCAGACACACUGCUGAGCACGCCAAGGCCGUUGCCGGUACCAACGUGUUGCCACGGCUACUGGAACUACACCUGGCCUCUACCAGCUCGGAAGACCUACAGCUAAAGUCAAAGAGAGCACUGAAGAACAUUCUGAGUCACUGCACUCACCUACCAGCCCUGGAGCCACUCCUGCACUCUGCUCCUCCCAACAUCCUCAAACAUGUGGUCGGCCAGUUCUCUAAGGUCCUCCCACACGACCCAAAGGCUCGCAGGCUGUUUGUCACCUCUGGAGGACUGAAAAAGGUCCAGGAGAUCAGCAGCCAGCCUGGCUCUGUUCUGGCAGAGCACAUCCGAGUCAUCAACAGCUGCUAUCCUGAGGAGAUAGUAAGGUACUAUUCACCUGGCUAUUCGGACUCCCUUCUUGCGAGAGUGGAGCAGUACAAGCCACACCCACUCACCCAGUAGACACACCAACCGUGACUAUAUACAUUUGACUCUCUCAUAUUAUCACUAAAAAUCUGACGAUAAGUAGAAAAUGUACAAAAACACACUUUAUGGGAGUGACAGUGUUUAUUAAUUACCUGGUGGGUGUGGCUUCUAAUACAAGGCCAUACCCAUUUUUUGAGUAAGUGAUACAGUGUGCAUUGGGUGAGUGGGAUGAGGGAAGAGGGGAAAGAUGUAAGUGAUUUGAUGCAAGUGAUAGCUGUUCCACGAAUUGGGGAGGUGGUGAAGUGGGUGAAGAAGUGACUUGGGGAGUGGGUGAAGAUUGAAGUGACUUGGGAUGGGUGAGAAAGUGAGUUUAGGGAGGGGGUGCUGCAAUGUGUGAUAUGUGAUUGAGACUUACAUAAUGAACAAUUUUACACUGUGACAAGGAAGUGUGACUUUCUGUCCUAAUUAUUAAGUCUGUACAAGUGUGUCACUGUAUUGGGGGGAUAAUAUUAUUAAUUAUGUCACCCAAACCUGUGCAUUGUUUAUUGGUGGAACAGAUAGCUUUUCAUCAGUGGUAGCAAUUCAAAGGUGCGACUGGGAAAAUAAGUGCUGCCCCAAUAGUUUAUCACAUUAUGACCUGUGGUUGCAUGGGGUGGUGGGAUGGAGCCGAGUGGAGUGGGGUGUGAGGGGAGCAGUGGAGGGGAGACAACCCACUGGCAGCAUCCGACGCAAACGGUGAGAAGGCUGAGUACUGCGACGGAUUGAUGGCAGUCAUUCCCGCAAUUCCUCCCUCCCCACCUACCUCAACCCCGUUUCCAUGGACAACACCACGGUGGGCGGGGGGAGUUUUGUUGUCGGGGGCAAUGGUGGAGGUGGCUGGUGACUGGAAAGAGAAGGCAAAAGUUUUGGUGGGUUUCAUGUCUUCUGCGUCCCUGGCAGCAAUGUGGAGAGAAGGGGAGGGGAGGUAGGGAGGCAGGGACGGAUAAGAAGAUGGCUGGGAGAAGGCAGGAGCAUACCCAACUACAUCAAACCUCGUAUCGUACUGCGACGUCGACACAGGCGAAGGCAGGACGAAUCUACGACCAUCUCCCGUGGGUGUGGUCCCGUUGCCAAGGGAGACAGACGCAGAGAGGAUGGGAGGAAGGGAGAGGUGAUUGCUUUUCUUGCUUUUGGAUUUCUUGGAUGAUUUGCCAGUGGACUUGCGGUUUCUGGUCUGAAUUGUAUCCUUCACCAGAGUCAGAGGUCUGUUGUAUCCGUUGAGUUUGUAGUAAGACCGCAUGGGUUGCAGACCGGAUCUCCGUUCUCCAUUCUCCGCCACAGAACUGUCUUAGUGGUGCCGCAAUUGGAACACUUGUUGUUCAUACACUUCAGAUUGGUUUUCUUCUUCUUCUGGGUGUUGUUUCUGUUAGUUCCAUUGACUCUAUAGUAGAGACCACAGGCGUUGCAGAGGUACUUGCCCUCAGGAUUUCUCCUCCAGAGAGGAGUCGAGGUAGCCCCGCAGUUGGAACAGUUACGGUUCGGGUUGUAGGACAAGGUGCCUUCAAUGCACUCCUUCAUCACCACAAACUCCGACAUGGGGCUGCGCAGAGGACCCGACUGAACCUGAGCCGCAACGGCACUAGUCUUCUCCGAGGUCGCCUGGUAGUAGAGGGGUGGCGGACGACGUGCAGGGAACGCAGCUGCCUGCGUUGGAGCCGCGAACUGCGACGGACCCAUCACGCAGAAGUUGGAGUUCGUCGCCUGCCACUGGUAGAGCUGCUGUUUGGAAGGCUCGGCCCCGUAGGCAGGGGUGUCGGCGGCGGGCUGACAGCUAUGGCUGGACGAGGCCGAGACCAGCUCUCCUCCAGUCAUCUGCUGCUGCAGAGACGCCACAGACAGCUCCGGGGUCGGCGGAGUCGGGAGACUGUGGAACUGCUGUGUCUGGGGGCUCGGGCCUUGCAGUACCGCGGCCUUCACAUCGUGCAUUGCCGCCGCGUCGGCUAAGGCCAGCGCCGUGUCCGCCACGACAUGUAGCUUGUCGGCCGAGCAACCAUCUCCCUCCACGGGAGGUGUUGGCGGGUAGUGGAAAGUCGUGUGCAGCUGCACCUGUGUGCAGAGAGUGGUGUAGGACUGGAAGAUGGGUCCACCAGGGAUGCGGUCCACGUAGGCUCUGCCGGCGUGGGCCACCAGAGGAGGAGCUAUGGCGAUGGCAGGCAGAAUAGUCGCUCCGUCGCUUGCCUCGGACGAAAUGUUGGGGAUAAAUAGCUCGGGGUCUUCCGGCGGUAACGCUGCAACGGUGUCCAUACCGCAGCCACAGCUCUCUCAGCUUCAGAGUUUGCCUUCUUCGCUUCACU